GUUGUAAAUAAAAAUAUGUUGCAGGUAUUUAAUCCCAAUUUAUUAAAGAAAACACGAAUUAAACAACUAAACUUAUAUUCCCAGGCGCUAAAGACUCUCCGCUGGGCACAGCCAGUGCGGGCGCUAUCCUCCGUGGCCACCAGUUCAGGUACUCAGGCGAAUCUUGCAUCGGCGACACCCGCUCCACAGCCGGAUAAACUCUACAGCAAGCUGGAGAUUGAGCUGCGGGGGAUUGACCCGGCGGUUCUGAAGAGCUACACCUGGUUCGCCACCACGGCCGCCGAUCACCUGGGCAUUGAGAAGGGCAAGUGUUGGUCACCCCGCAAGGCGCACCACGAACGGAUGACGCUCCUGAAGUCGGUGCACAUCUACAAGAAGCAUCGCGUGCAGUACGAGGUGCGAACCCACUUCCGCUACAUGAACUUCCACAAGCUGACGGGCUCCACGCUGGACACCUUCCUGGAGUACAUCGAGCGCAACCUGCCCGAGGGCGUGGCGCUGCAGGCUUCCCGGACGGAGCUGCAGCAGAUCCCGGAGCAUCUGCGCCAGCCGCCGGAGCAGGUGUAGCCAAAAGCAUAGUUAUAAUAAUAGUAGUUUCAGCAGGAGCUUGAAGAUUAGGCUGAUAAGCAAACAGAAGCACCGGCAGUCGGCCUCGUUAAUCGGCCGAAAUCGGGGCCCCGUCCGAGAUUAGCGAAGAUAAGUGUUUGGCAAAAAUAUUGAAAUAAACGUCGUAUCUUGACACACGCAAUGGGA